AUGGACAAGCCCGUGCCGCCGCUGUUGCCGAGGCUGGAGCGACUUCUGCUGCUGCUCCUCUUGCUCCUAGUCAGCGGAGAAGUUUGCGCCAAGAAAGCCAGGCAACCGCGCUGUCCCCACUCCUGUACGUGCACCAAAGAUAACGCGUUGUGUGAGAGCGCAGGGCUGAUUCCACGCAGCUUUCCGCCAGAUGUGAUUUCUCUAUCGUUUGUCAAGUCGAAAUUCACUGAAAUCCCAAAGGAGAGCUUCAUUCACACGCCCGCGCUGCACCUCCUGCUCUUCACGGCCAACGAGCUGGAGUCCAUAGACGAGGAUGCAUUCUAUGGCCUGCCGCAUUUGGAGUAUCUAUUCAUUGAAAACAACCAAAUCAAAGCAAUCUCCCCGAAUGCCUUCAGGGGUCUCAAGACGCUGGUGCACAUGAGCCUCGCUUACAACAACCUGGACUCUCUGCCCAAAGACCUGUUCAAAGGCCUGGACGCUCUCACCAAAGUAGAUCUCCGUGGAAACCAGUUCAGCUGUGACUGUAAGCUCAAGUGGCUGGUGGAGUGGAUCUACAGCACCAACGCCACCGUGGACCAGAUCUACUGCAAAGGACCCGCCUCGCAGCUCGACAAGAAGAUCAACGACCUGGUGCCACAGUCCUUCGACUGCAUCACCACAGAGUUUGCAUCGUACCAGAGCCUGAAGUUUGAGUCCAUCUCUGUGGAGGCCUUCACCUUCGGACAGGACCAGUACGUGGUCUACGCUCAGCCCUUCAUCGGGAAGUGCACCUUCUUAGAGUGGGACCAUGUGGAGAUGGUCUUCAGGAACUACGACGACAUCAACAGCACGUCUACAGUCAUCUGCAAACCUCUCGUGAUCGACAACCAGCUCUUCAUCAUCGUGGCUCAACUGUUCGGCGGCUCGCACAUCUACAAGCGUGACGUCUCCGCCAACAAGUUCAUCAAACUCCAAGGCAUCGACAUCCUGAAGAUCCGCAAGCCCAACGACGUAGAGACCUUCCGGAUUGACGGAGAAUCCUUCUUCGUGGUCGCCGACAGCUCUAAAGCCGGAUCCACCACGAUAUACAAGUGGAACGGCAACGGCUUCUACUCGCACCAGUCCCUUCACCCAUGGUACCGCGACACCGACGUGGAAUACAUGGAGAUCUCCUCAAAACCUCACCUGAUCCUGUCCAGCAGCUCGCAAAGACCCGUGAUCUACCAAUGGAACAAAGGUACCAAGGAGUUCGACCGGCGGACGGACAUCCCCGAGAUGGAAGACGUCUACGCGGUCAAGCAUUUCCGCGCCAACUCCGAGCUGUACAUCUGCUUGACGCGCUUCAUCGGCGACUCCAAAGUGAUGCGCUGGGACGGGGCUUUGUUCCGCGAGCUCCAGACCAUGCCCUCAAGAGGAUCCAUGGUGUUCCAGCCGUUCACCGUCGGCAGUUGGCUGUACGCAAUCCUAGGCAGCGACUACUCCUUCACACAGGUUUACCGAUGGGACGCAAAGAAGGGAGAGUUCUUUCACUUCCAAGAAGUCAACAUCCAGGCGCCCAGAGCGUUUUCGCCGGUGUCUAUAGACAACCGGCAGUUUCUCCUAGCGUCCAGUUUCAAAGGGAAAACGCAGAUCUUUGAGCAUUUGGUGAUCGAUUUGAGCAACUGA